AUGUCGCCCAAAGCUUCCACCCGAAUCGCAUCGGUUCGCCGUCUCAACAACGAAGGCCCCGGAGACCGAUCCCUCGCAGAGUGGUGGGCCAACGAACGCGAUAACCAUACCCCGGAAGCGGCCGCCAUCGCGAACGCCGCGCAACUUCUCCGAACCAGCGAUAUCCCUGUUGCUUUCCCCACAGAGACAGUGUACGGACUGGGUGCAGAUGCGACGCGAAGCGAUGCAGUACAAGGAAUCUACAAGGCGAAGCAGAGGCCGUCAGAUAAUCCGUUGAUUAUACAUGUUGAUUCGCUGGGGAUGUUGGAGCGGUUACUCAACCCCACACAGGAAAGCCCAUCGCGCAGAACUACCACUGCGAAGAACGCCAUCCCGCCCAUCUACGACUCGGUCAUUUCCCGCUUCUGGCCCGGUCCUCUCACAAUCCUCCUCCCUAAUCCCUCCGGCUCCCCUCUUGCUCCUGAAGUCACCUCCAAGCUUACGACCUUUGGCGUGCGCAUGCCCUCAUCCCCGCUUGCACGCUUGUUGAUUCAUGUAACGGAUCGACCACUGGCGGCUCCCUCGGCCAACGCAUCCACCAAGCCCUCCCCGACGGCGGCGGAACAUGUAUUCCAUGACCUCGAAGGUCGCAUCGAGUUGAUCCUUGACGGUGGUCCCUGUGGCGUAGGCGUGGAGAGUACGGUUGUCGAUGGACUGUCCGAUCCACCGGCUAUUCUUCGACCGGGCGGGAUUGGUAUCGAGGAGCUGCGUACGUGUGCUGGAUGGGAAAAUGUACAGGUCGGCUACCAUGACGGCACACUAGAUGCGAAGGAGGCCCCACGAGCACCGGGCAUGAAGUACCGACACUACUCGCCCAAGGCGCGCGUGGUACUGUUCGAAGCCGGCUCCGACGAGGAAGCCGUCGCGAAACACAUUCGGAAGGACCUGGAAGAUUCAGCAGUCGGGGCACACAUGAUCGGGGUGGUCCGCACGCAACACUGGCAGCGGGGACUGGGGUUACUGUCUGCCGACGAGAUGCAAAAGAGCCUGAAGCGUAUCCCAUCGCUCGUGGAUGAGCUCGUAGGAUUCUCCGUCCCGGUGAGCGACCAAGUCAACGGAAGCACUGCAACCAAGGAGACCUUCGACUGCCACCUCGGCACGGAUGUCAAGUCGAUCGCUCAGGGCUUGUUCUCGGCACUACGGGCCAUGGAUGAAAUGGAAGUGGACGUCAUCUACGUCGAGGGUGUGCCCGAUCAUCAGGGAGAUCUGGCAGCUGCUGUCAUGAACAGGUUGCGUAAAGCCGCCGGAGCGGAACUCCGGGUAUAA